AUGGCUGAAUCAGAGUUAACUGGUUUGGAUAAAUUGUUGGAUCUAGAGGAAGAGUUCUACAACCAAGGUUUCGAACAGGGUUCGGCUGAGAACGUUAAGCAUAAUUAUAUUGAGGGAAAGCAGUAUGGGUUGCAAGUUGGAUUUCAAAGGUAUUUGUUAUUAGGUCAAAUAACAGGGUUAUUAGAUGUUUUAGAAGUUUUGGAUGGCGACAAGAAAGUGUUUGCCAAGAAGAUUGAAUCGGUACGUAGUCUUUUAAGUGGAGUGAAAAUGGACAAUGAUGUUGCCAGUGUAGCAGAUUAUGAAAAUCGGUUUACGAGGAUAAAGAAUAAGUUUAGAACUAUUCUUUUACUUUUACAGAAGCAACUAAAGACCGGACCUGAGGAUACGCUUUCAUUAACGGAAGUGGAACGAGUCUCAUUAUCUAUCGCAGACGAAAUCAAAGGGCGUGUGGAAGAAGAUAAUGUUGGAACCGCUGAAAGCUUGCAGGAUCAAGUUCAAAAUUGGUAA